UCUUUCCUUGUAGUGGAUCAAUAACUGCAUAGGAAGAAAAAAUUACAAAAGGUUCUUCAUCCUCAUGGUGUUUGCUCUUCUCUUGCUUAUUCUGCAGUGGGCUGUUGGGAUGCUUGUGCUGAUACUGUGUUUUGUUGAGAGAAGGAGAUUUUCUGCUGAAAUUGUUUCAAAGCUGGGUAGUAGCUUUUCCUUGGCACCCUUUAUCAUUGUGGUGGCUGUGUGCACUUUAUUAGCCAUGGUUGCUACUCUUCCAGUUGCACAACUUUUCUUCUUCCAUAUUCUUUUAAUAAAAAAGGGAAUCAGCACCUAUGAUUACAUUAUUGCUUUGAGGGAGCAAGAUCAGGAGCAGGAGCAACUUGCUGUUGGUGGGCAGCAAAGUCCGCAAAUGUCCCAAGUGAGCUCUUUUACUAGACUAAGCAGCACCAGUCCGCAAAUGUCCGCAAAUAUUCUAAUUACUGCAUUUUGUAAUUUUCUGCCUUUCUCAAUAAACCUCUUCCACUUCAGAUUUCAGGAUCUUGUAACUGUCUAUAACAAGCAAAGUUCAGCAAACAGAAUUGCUGAAAUUUAA